CAACUCAAACUCAAACUUCAUUCUUCAUUCAUCGAUUAAUUUAUAAUCAAUUAGUCAUAAUCUCUUUUUCUUUUCUUAACCAACACGAGAGAGAGAGAGAUGGAUUUUGAACUUCGAAGAGCGAGCGAGAAGAUAGCGAAAGAGCAAAAGGAGAGAAAGGAAAAAGCGAGAUUGAAACUGCAAAAGGAAAAGAAAGCGAAAGAAGAUGCUCGAAUACAAAGCGAAGCAAUCGAAGCUGCUCAAAGAUCUCGGGAUGUUAAAGAAUCCGAUUUUAACGUAACAAUACUAAAUUCAUCAUUCAUUCAUUUACUUUUCUCAAUUCAGGCUGACCAACAGAUGCAAGAAAACCUACUUGCUGGGAGGGGAAUUGUUUUUUAUCGUUUACUAGAAGCUGUACCUUAUCAAGGUAGUGGAGAUAAGAUCAAAUUGCCUCCUUCUUGUUUUACAGACUUGUCUGAUCAUGGUGCUCUUGAUAAGGGACCGAUGUACUUUCAGUUGUCGUUAAUUCAGAAGGAAGGUUCUUCAGGCAUUCAAGGUACUGAUGAAGACAAAAGAGGAACCACCCAUUCAGGAGUUUUAGAAUUCACCGCUGAUGAAGGUUCAGUAGGUCUUCCUCCUCAUGUAUGGAAUAAUUUAUUUUCUGAAGGUUUUAUGGAAUCUCCAUUGGUUGAAGUCCGUUAUGUUUGGCUUCCAAAAGGGACUUAUGCAAAACUUCAACCUGAAAGAGCAGGAUUUUCUGAUUUGCCAAACCAUAAGGCUAUUCUUGAAACAAGUCUUCGGCAGCAUGCUACUCUCUCUAAAGGUGACAUUUUCACCGUAAACUAUGGAGAACUUGAAUACAAAUUAAGGGUGCUUGAGUUAAAACCUUCUUCAAGUGUAUCUGUUUUAGAAACAGAUAUUGAAGUUGACAUAGUUGAUCCAAUUGAAUCCUUGGAAAAAACUGAUCAACAUGUUUUAAUUCCAGUUGUAUUUGGGACGUCACAAAUCGGAACAGUUGAUGAAGGAAAGUUUGUGUAUUACAAAUUUUCGAUUGACAAUGGCACUUGGGAGAAAAUCUCUAGUGGGAGUUCUAGUAUUGAGGUAAAACUAGAAGCUGAGACAAGUGAGGGAGACACUGAUCUUUUCAUUUCUAGACAUCCUCUCAUUUUUCCUACACGUCAUCAGCAUGAGUGGUCUUCCCAUGAUAUUGGAUCGAAGACUUUGAUUCUCAGUUCUAAAGAUAAAAACCUAGGUGCAGGGACUUACAGCAUUGGUGUAUACGGAUUUAAAGGAAUGACAAAAUACAAAGUAUCAGUCUCAAUCCAGGAUAAUUUCAACCAAAAAUUGGGUCAGCAAGCAUCAUCAUCUUCCAUGUCAUCCAUGGAAUUGGAUACUGAACAAUGUAGGAAUUGCAAGCAUUACAUACCUAGUAGGACAAUUGCGCUACAUGAAGCUUACUGUAGUAGGCAUAACGUUACAUGUCCGCAUGUAGGAUGUGGAAUUGUUCUUAGAAUUGAGGAGUCCAAAAAUCACAUUCACUGUGACAGGUGUGGUCAAGCUUUCCAACAGGUAGAAUUGAAAAAGCAUAUGAAAGUUUUUCACGAGCCACUUCAAUGCCCUUGUGGAAUAAUACUUGAGAAAGAGCAAAUGGUGGAACAUCAAGCAUCAGCUUGCCCUUUGCGGCUAAUUUCAUGCCGGUUUUGUGGUGACAUGGUUCAAGCUGGAAGUUCUGCCAUGGACGUCCGUGACAGAUUAAGAGGAUUGUCUGAACAUGAGAGUGUUUGUGGGUCAAGGACCGCACCCUGUGAUUCUUGUGGUCGCUCAGUGAUGUUGAAGGAAAUGGACAUUCACCAGAUUGCUGUUCAUCAAAAAGGCUAAGUCUGAUGUGUUCACAGCCCUUGGUAAUUAAUUAUAUAGAACUUAAGAGAAACAGGAAAUCAGAUUGGAAAGAUGAAACGUUUGUAUGUGCACCAUGGAUUUGUAUCAUUUUUAAGAGCAAUAUAACUUUGAAAACAACAUUAUUGUAUACAAGAAAGACAUUGUAAAGUUAUAAAAAAUUAAGAAUGCCUUGAAUUUUUUUAUUUAAAUAAAA